AUGGGGGAGGAGACCUCGCAGGCAAAUGGCUCAACGACGUCGACGUCGCUGAGACGGAAAGCAGCCGAGGUGAUCGCCACCUCCCUGGAGACGUACAGGAGCAAGCCGUUCUCCUUCUGGCUACUCCUGUUCCUGAGCAGCGGCGCCAUGCUCACCGCGUUCCCGGCGUCGAGCCUCCUGUCGCGGCUCUACUACAACGACGGGGGGCAGAGCAAGUGGAUCCUGUCGUGGGCGGCCGUCGCCGGCUGGCCCCUGCCCGCGCUGCUCCUGCUGCCGCUCUACGCCCUCGGCAAGGCGUCGCUGACGCCGCUGUCGCUGGCGCUGUGCUUCUGGUACGCGCUCCUCGGCUUCCUCAGCGCCGCCGACAACCUCAUGUACGCGUGGGCGUACGCGUACCUCCCUGCGUCCACGGCCUCGCUCGUCGCCGCGUCGUCGCUCGCGUUCUCCGCGCUCUUCGGCCGUGCCAUCGCCAAGAACACGCUCAACAUGUCGUCGCUCAACGCCGUCGUCGUGAUCACCGCGGGCGUGGUGAUCGUCGCGCUGGACUCCGGGUCCGACAGGCCCCCCGGCGUCAUGCCGCGCCAGUACGCGCUCGGCUUCGUCCUGGACGUGCUCGGGUCGGCGCUCCACGGCCUCAUCUUCGCGCUCUCGGAGCUCGUCUUCGCCAGGGUCCUCGGCAGGCGCUCCUUCCACGUGGUGCUGGAGCAGCAGGCGGCCGUGUCGCUCUGCGCGUUCGCCUUCACCUCCGCGGGUCUCGCCGUCGCCGAGGGCUUCCCGGCGAUGCGGCGCGAGGCGGCACGGUUUGCGCACGGUGGCGAGGCCGCGUACGCGAACGUGAUGGUGUGGACGGCGGUCACGUUCCAGCUGGGCGUCCUCGGCGGCACCGGCGUGCUGUUCCUGGCGUCCACCGUCCUCGCCGGCGUGCUGAACGCUGUCAGGGUGCCCUUCACGAGCAUCGCCGCGGUGAUCUGGUUCCAUGACCCCAUGAGCGGGUUCAAGAUCUUGGCUCUGGUCAUCACCGUGUGGGGGUUCGCGUCCUACAUGGUUGGGCACUCCUCUGUUAGAAAAACGUCAGCAAGUUGA